CGGAGAAGCCAUCCUGACUCAUUGGCUCAAGCUGUGAUGUUCAACUGUCCAUCUUGCCUCCUGGAACAGCUCAACCCCGGGUCUUCCUGAAGUGGUGACCACUCCAGCUGGCAGGGGUAGAAAAUGGUACCAGUCAGGCUGGAGCCCCGGGAGGCCACAGUCACUGCUGCAGGAUGGAGGAACCCACUCCCGAGCCAGUCUAUGUGGAUGUGGACAAGGGGCUGACCUUGGCUUGCUUCGUUUUCCUCUGCCUCUUCCUUGUAGUCAUGAUCAUCCGCUGUGCCAAGGUCAUUAUGGACCCCUACAGUGCCAUCCCCACGUCCACCUGGGAGGAGCAGCAUCUGGAUGACUGAGGCAUAGGACAAGUCACAGUGUCCCAGGAUACACAUCUUCAUACCCUGGCCAACAUCCUCCAAGCGCUUGGAGGCUGGAAGUGGCUACGACCACCCAAAGAUGGAGAAGGCUCACCUUCACCUUAUUGGCUCUCACAUGACCACCACAGGGAAAUGCCAGCAUGCUAGAGGCAAGGCAGUUUGAGGAAGACUGGGGAGAAGAGUACUAAGCCAUGACUCAGGCAAGUGGGGUCCAUCCUGGGACUCCACUGGGAGACUGCAGGGUGAUGGUUGCACCUUUGGAAAGGCUCCUAUGCACCUUUGGAAAAUGAACAAAGAACAGACACUCUGAUCUGCAAACAGUGGUCAAAUGCACAGCACAGAGAGGCUGCUGAGAGCCCAGGACCCUUACCUACAGCCUAGCAGUAGAGGGGCAGGAAGAAUGGAAAAUUCAGGGGGCUUCUGCAAAUUCUCACAAGGCACACAGCUACUUCCAAAUGGGGUUUGUUUUUUUUUUUUUAACUAAAAUAUAGAGGGAUAUAUUUUUCCUGUUAAAAAUGAGAUGUGCAUUUUAGACACUGGGAAAAUAUAGAAGAAAUAUAAAUAUAAUAAAAGAAAACUAUAAAUAGAAGAAAGGGAGGUGAAAAGCACUUACAGUCCGACUUCCCAGAAGCCAUCAUUUUGAUAUAUUUCUUCAAGUCUUUUUUACAAGAAAUUUUUUAGUAAUUCACACCAUACGCAUGAUGCUGCAUUGAUUCAUAUGAUAGCUCGGAUACCUUCUGCCUCUCAAAAUAUCGUGGCUGUUUUUUUGUGACAGAGUAUACUCUGUAGUGACUGAAUAUAGUCCUUUUCUUUCUCUAUUUAACUUUUCCACAAUGUUCUCACACAAAUUACUUCACCCAGGAACCUUCAGAAGCCCUGCAUUCCAGGAGCUCCAGGCAAGAUCUGGGUUCUAGUUCUGCUUCAGCUACUCAAAGGCUGUAUGAUCUUGAGAGAGUCACGUCACCUCUAGGUGCCUCAGUUUCCUCAUUGUAAGAUGGGAAGGGGAAGUCUGUCUGUCUAUUUGUCAGUGAAAGGAGCCAAGCUACCGUGGGAGCUAAGACUAGGUUGCUGGUGAUCACUCUUCCCUGUCUUCCUUCCCUCUUCUCCCACACACUGUCACCUACAUCUGUGACCUUGCUGCAAGGAUUCUAGGUCAGAGCCUGCACCCCCCCCCACACACACACACACCAGCAGCCUCAACUCCUGUGUUCUUGUUCUGUGACCCCUAAAUAAAUCAGCACCUGUGAGCUCCAAUUUCCCCAUCUAUAAAAUAGGGGAAUAACAUCUACCUCACAAGGUUGUUGCGGAGAUAAGAUGGGAGAGCAUGAGCAAACAGGAGCAUCCUUUCCUGAAUCUCUCACCCUAGGAAAAGAACCCUGCCUUCCAAGAGCCAGAGCUCCCAGCACUGGCCAGCAGAACAUUCACAAUGACCUCUUCUGCACAUGACACCACAGCAUCCGGGGUUUACUGACACACAUCAUCACUAUUGUCAGCUUUUUCACGUCUGUGAGCUGCAUCUAUUGUGUCCUUCUAGGGUAGGACUUGCUGCCCUAUCAAAAGAGACCUGUGCUGUGGACCUCAGACCUCCUCCAUCACCCACGCUUGAGCCAUGGGUUCCCAUGCACCUCAGGCUACCUGGGAAAAAAGUUUCCAAAGCACUGUCACUGCUAGGUGACCCCUAAAAGUGAACAGAUGAUGUUGAGGUGGCUUUCCAGGGCAUGCCCAGUCUCUGUCUCUCGGUCUCUCUGUCUCUCUGUCUCUCUGUCUGUCUCUCUGUCUCUCUGUCUCUCUCUGUCUCUCUCUCUCUCUCUCUCUCUCUCUCUCUGUCUCUCUCUCUCUCUCUCUCUCUCUCUCUCUCUCACACACACACACACACACACACACACACACACACACACACAGUGGGAUGCACAAAGGGACAGUUGGCACAGGCUCCAAACAUGGUUAUGAGGCGUUACCUCCAGCCAAGCCUUCCUCAGAAACCUACCUCACAGACCGCAGGCACUUCUGUGGGACCUGUUAGGAUGGGUUUACAGAGUCAGCCAGGGCCUGUUCCCAGCUAUUAAUGACAGCACAGGAAGAAGAGAUCUGAAGAGCUCUGAAGACUUCCUAUUGGAGCUCUCUGGAGGGAAAAUGGGAUGCCCCAAGCUGUGCUUCUCAGAUUGCCUGCUGAGGGCAAACCACACCUGCUAGAAGCCCCCUCCUCCCCUCCCCAGAUCUGCAGACUAGGCAGACUAGAAUCAGACUAGACAGCCUGGGCCUAGGCACCUAGGUUAGCCAGAUUCCUGGAUGGUAGCACAUCCCUGUUUGAGAAGCAUUGCCCAGGGCUCCUGGUCUCAGACAAUUUGCCAAACCCAGACCCCUUAGUAUUUUUCACCUAUCUCUUCGUGCUGUUUUCAUGGCAAGGGGAAAUAACAUUUGAGAAAAGAGGUGAUUUCAAAACCCACCCCCACCCUCCAGAGCCAAGCUUCUGAGAAGGCAACAAAGCAGCAGUUUCUAUUUGGUGCCCAUGUCCUCGCUUCGCUUGUUCAUCCUCUUGCAAGCUGUCCAUUAAGUACCUUUGGCUGUGUAGCUUCAGACACUCUUUCAACCAGAAUCCCUUCACAAGCAGCUUUUCACAUUACUGUUUCUCCUUGUUUGUAUCUGUGUGGUGUGUGUGUGUGUGUGUGUGUGUGUGUGUGAGAGAGAGAGAGAGAGAGAGAGAGAGAGAGAGAGAGAGAGAGAGAGAGAGAGAGAGAGAGAGAGAGAGAGAGGUGGGUGAAUGGCGCGUACACGUUCUGGUGUGUGAAUAUAAGCAUGCAUGUGUGGAGGUCAGAGGACAGUCUUGAGUGUUGCUCCUUCCUUGUUUGAGACAGUCUCUUCUUCACUGUUCACUACUUUCUACCCCAAACUAGCUGGCCAACAAGCUUUCAGGGAUCGUCCUUUCUCUGCCUGCCAUCUCCCAUGGAAGUACUGAAAUUACAGAUGUGCACUGCUGCGCCCACCCUCUGUCACAUGAGCUCUGGGGAUUCAAACUCAGGCCCUCACACUCGCACAGCAAGCACUUUGCUUACUGAGCCAAUCUCCCAGCUUCCUCCACCUUUACCAUGAUUAAGGUCUGUUUUUAGAAGGGUCCCCUCCCUUGUACAUGCGCAGAACAAUGCAGACCCCUGCGGCAAAUACUUACGUUGCUUUCCUUUUCCCAUUAUACAUGUGCUGAGACGAAAUAGAUAGAAGAGGCUGUGCUGAGCAUGGGGCUUGCUCAGGAGAGGGGAGGAGGAAGAUUAAUAGCACACCUCUCCUCGAAAGAAGGAAAGGGAGGUCCCCAUCUCUGUCACUUGAUCAUGUGAAGGCGAGAGGAAGGUGGAAGAAUUUCGAGUUUUCCUUCUCUCGUGCUUUCUGUUCUGAAGGAUGGAGGAAGCGGUCCUUUAGGGACCAGAGCACCCUCAUAAGUUUCUGCGAGCUGAGAGAAAGGCUGUACUUAUGGACAGAGAAGGAAACAUAGCAGCAAAAUAUUAGUGCUGAAGGCUGGAAGUUGGCAGAGAGGAGAUGAAGAGAGACUGGAGGAAAAGAGGGCUGUAGAGUCAGCUGCAAGCCAGAGAAGAAGGCAAACACUCUAGAGCAGGGAAUGGAUGACAAAGUCCCCAGAGAACGGCAUCUAGUGGCUGGGUUCAAGUUGCUGCCAGUGAUGUGCUGUGGGGAAGUCCCUAUGUGUCAUCUCAAGCUCUCAGCAAAGGCAGAUGCAUAGUCCUUUCAUGCCUAUUUAACUGCAACAGUGGGUCCAUCUGUGUGGUAAGACACAGAAAGGACCCAGGUGUCCCAGAGACAAAUGGGGUAAUAAAAAUAUUUAGAAACAAAAAAGCCAGAUGAUAGCCACCAGAAGGAAGGUGGUCCCUGAGCACGCUCAGAGGUUGAUUGAUGUAAGUGGUGGGACCCAGCUGCCCCAGUGUGGCAUAUAAAUUGCCAUCACAGCCAUUUUACUUUUCCAAUUAAUUUUCAGAUGUCCACAUUUGUUUUGUUUUGGUGGAGUGAUUGCAUUGUUGGGUAUGGAACUCACGGCCUUGUACAUGUGAGGCCAGCAUUCUGUCAUUGAUAUUUGCUCCUAGCCCCACAUGUCCUUGCUGGAAUGAAAAACAAGUGGCUCUCCACCCCACAAAAUUGCCGCAGGACUCCAGAGGUUUCCAAAAGAGGCCGGUCCUUUUAUCAAGCACCAAGCGGAAAUAAUUGCAAAGCCUUUUUUUGUCCACAAGAAUGGGUCCCUGUCCCAUUGCUAUUGAGGACUGGUCCUGCUAUGUAGGAUGGAUAAUAUCCAUAAUAGUCUCUGUAGCUGAUGGCCCAGGCUACUGAGAAGUGAUCACAUUGAGUUUCCCACAUCAGUUCUGGCACAGAUGGACAGACAGCCUCAUCAUACUUGCUUCUGCCCAUCUGCGCUGAUUCCAUAAGUCCUUGACAGUCAUCAACUAAAACUUUCCCUCCUUUUGCCACCCCCCCCCCCCCCGGAAGGCUCUCUGUAACUGUCAGUGGCUAGUAGGAGCGAGAUGGUGCACUUGAAAUAUUGAUAGAGUUAAAGAAAGUACAUUCACAGAGGUUGGGUAGAGCUCAGGGAAACAGAAUGGCAGAUACCAAGGACAGCCCUCAAUGAGACAUCAGACUUAUCUAAGCCUGAAGAGACAAGGAAGGACAACCAGAUGCCAGCAAGGGUUGCUGCAGGGUAGAGUCAGGCAAAAGGAGCUGUGCCACGGGUACAUCUAACACUCUUGCCUAGGAUUGGACUAUAGCUCAGUGGUAGGGCACCUGCCUAAGAUGGCUGAGAUCCUAGGUUCAAUCCUUAGAACCAGAAAAAAAAAAAAAAAAAAAAAAGGUCCUUGCACAGUUCUAGGCCGGUAGAACAAGAGUUGGAGAUACGUUUUGCUUCCUUUCUCGGUCUCCCACUGACAAAAAUAAUAGACACUAAAGGAUGGGGUUGCUGAGUAAUAGGAUCUAUGUAUGUCAGCACACUGGACUAACUAACAAAUAACCAGCACAGCCCACCCCAAGCAACACUGAGCAUCCAUCUGGAACUCUGCUAAGAAGCGAGGGCAAACACUAUCCUAAGGAAACAGUCCUGUGGACACCAUAUUGCCCCAGAUAAUGUCAAUUUUGCCUCAUUCCCAGCCAGACCUUACAAUGGAAUGUAGCCAGUGCAAGGCAGAGAGGCUAGCAGAGCCUCCUCUGUAGUGGUCAUGAGGCCUGGGAUGGACAGCAGUCUUGGGUCUUUCCCCUCCUACCCCACAUCCCCUGCAUAGUCCCUUGGCUGUGGGGGCAUUUUACCUCAUUGAGAGAGGAGACAAAUCCUUGUCCUGCUUUUAUUGAGUUAAUACAUGCCCAAAGAACUCAGGAAGGGGCCUUGCAGGUCUAGUUGGAAGCACUUUAUAACUCCCAGAAGAGGACCGCAGGAGCUCCUGGAUCUGUAGUCCCAAGAUGAAGAGCACUGGAGUCUCCACAGAACUAAUUAGGAAUUUGAACCUUAGACUUCCAGAAUGAGGACACAGGGCAUCAGAUGUACCAAGUGUCCCAAUGAACCUUAGGGCUCUGGAGUGAGUCUCCUUUGCCCCUGUGGGGUAGCAGUAAUGCCAUAGCUUCUAGGGUGUGGGAAAAAUUGCCUGACAGUGCAGCAAUCCCCUUUUCUGUACACUGGUUCACCUAACAAGCCCCAAAUGGCACAAAGCCAUCUUCCAGUUUAUCGGACUCCCACCAUGUGUGCUGGUGAUUCCCAAUACAGAACAUCAAUGCUUAUUUAUUACAAGGGUGGAAAACUCAAUUUCAUGAGUCACACACCAUUAGCUGGAAGAUAUGAUAGAAGCAACAGGGGGGUUCCUCACAAAGUUAAAACUAGGCAUGCCAUAUGAUCCCACAUUAGGGGGAUAUCUAAAGGAAAUGCAAUAUUUCAAAGCACUCUACGCCCAUGUUGAUUACAGCACAAUUCACGAUAGCCAAGAGCUGGAAAACUUAUAAACAUUCAUCAAUGGAUGAGCAGAUGAAGAAAAUGUGGUACCUGAGUACAGUGGAAUCUGAUUCAUCUCUAGAAAGGAUGAAAUCUUGUCUUUGGGAUAUGGAUGGAACUGGAGGUCAUUUUGUGAAAUGAGCCAAGCACAGAAAAACAAGUACUCAUGAUGUCACAUAUGCAGUCAAAAACCGUUGCUUCCCCAGAAGCUGAGAGGAGAAUGGUGGUUACCAGAGACUGGGGGAGCAGAGGGGGACCUGGUCACUGGGUCUUAUGUUACAGUUAAAGAAAUCAGUUCCAUUGGGUUACUAGGCUGCAGAUUCAAAUGAGCUUGGAGAAGGGAUUUUGAAUGCUUCUACCACAAAGAAGUAAUGUUUGAGGUGAUAUAUAGGGUUACCCAGACUUGGCUCUGCACAAUAUACACACAUAUCAAAACAUCCUAUGAUAUGCUAUAAAUAUGUACAAUUUGUGUAUCAAUUUUAAAAAAUAAAUAAAAUAGAAAAGGGGCAGA